AUGGCAGGCCUGCUGCGCAAACGCUUGAGCAUUAAACCAAAUAUAUCUUCAGUACUAUUACGAAUGAGUCGCCGCACCCAGAGACGUACUUUCAUCCCAGUGAUUGUACACGACAAUAACUUCAGUAUAACGGCAUCACUAUCAUCAUCACCAGAAAGCAUGACAUUAGCCAUGCCAGUUCCGAGCCUGUCGGCAGGAGGAUCUCAAUCCUCCAUAUCGGGCAACUCAUCAGCCGCUUCUCAGGCGUCGUCGACAGAGAUGAAGCCCAGAGUCAACGUCAUCAAUAUUCUCGAAACGGGGAGCACCGGUAACCUCGUCGCUUCACCACCUGCACGACUUGCGUCCGCACCAUCCGCAAGCCAGGCUGUAUAUCGUUGUUUAUUCUACAUCCUUCCCUGUGAUAACCAAUCAGACAACAUCGAGACCUGGAAAACUCAUGUCCUCAGCCAUUUCAGGGGUACCCGACUCCCACCCACAGCACCAUGUCAAUGGUGCCCUCUUGAAUUCAGACAUCCUAACAAUUCCAACACAAACAUCAACAACAACAACAACAACAACAACAACAACGCCCACCAAACAUGGGACGCAAUGCUCACCCACGUCGCGCAUGACCACUUCGAAAAGGGCCACACACUCGCAGCCAGUCGCCCCAAUUUCGAGCUAAUGAAAUACAUGUAUAAUUCUAAAAUCAUUACCGAGGACCAGUUAAAGGCGAUUCAACUAUGUCCGUCGCCGGAUAGUCCUGCGUAUCACCCAUCGCAGGAUCCGGUUAGGGCCAGUAUUGGUUCGUCGGACGAGCCGUAUUGUUCGACAUAUAGUCCACGGAGGGAGAAGAGAUUAAGAGAGCAGAGACGUGGGGUUAGUGUUGUAUAG